UGGUCACGCCGUCAGUUGUCUUGAAAAUUUUAACAAAGUCGCAAGUGUCGAGUGUCCGCAGUUGUCUUGCAUCGGAAACACAAAAUAAAAUAAAUAAAUCAAAAUCGAUAAAAAUCAAAGCCGCUCUUCCUGCGGCCUACAAAACGGUGUGGAUAACAAGCACCCAACUCAACACCAACAAAAAAUAAAACACAUUCAAAAGCGCCGGCAACAAAACAGCUUUUAAAUUUCGUUUCUCCAAGAUGUCCAAAUAUUCGGGCAAAAAAUGUCGCCUGCUCUCGAUGAUGUGGCUAACAGCCUCGUUCUUCUUCGUGGAGAUCAUUGUGGGCUAUGUGACCAACUCGAUGGCGCUGGUCGCAGACAGUUUUCACAUGCUGGGCGAUAUUGCUGCCCUGGUCAUAUCAUUCCUCUCAGUCAAGAUGUCACCCAAAAAGUGGUCGAAGAACACCUUUGGCUGGGCACGUGCUGAGGUGCUGGGUGCGCUCGUUAAUGCUGUAUUCCUAGUGGCGCUCUGUUUCAGCAUCACGAUCGAGGCAUGCAAAAGAUUCAUCGAGAAAGAACCAAUCCAUGAGCCACGUCUGCUGCUCAUUGUUGGCGUGCUGGGUUUGCUGGUCAACAUGAUUGGUCUUUGUCUGCUCUAUGAACACGGUGGUCACCAUGGACACUCACAUGGCGGUGGCUUGACGCGCAAUCACAGUCGCCUCACUGAGCUGGCGAACAUGGACGAAGGCGAUGACGAGCAGAACGAUUAUGCCUACGAGAAGCAGAAGGAGAAACAGCAGGUGAAAAAGUCUAGUCACGGUCACAGUCACGAUCCUGGUCAGAUGAAUAUGCGUGGCGCUUUUUUGCACGUGCUCAGCGAUGCUCUUGGCAGCGUUAUUGUGGUCGUCAGUGCGCUCGUUGUCUGGCUGAGCGACUGGGAAUAUCGUUUAUAUAUCGAUCCAGCCCUUUCCAUUGUGUUGGUUGCCCUCAUCUUGCACUCAGUGUGGCCGCUGCUGCGUGAAUCGGCGCUCAUUCUGCUGCAAACUGUGCCCACGCACAUCCAAGUGGAUGCCAUACAGAAGCGUCUGCUGGAGAAGGUCGACGGUGUGUUGGCUGUGCACGAAUUCCACGUCUGGCAAUUGGCUGGCGAUCGCAUCAUUGCCUCAGCACACAUACGCUGUCGCAACUUGUCGGAGUACAUGAAGAUUGCCGAGAAGGUGAAGGAGUUCUUCCACAACGAGGGCAUACACUCGACCACCAUACAGCCGGAGUUUAGCGAAAUCGAAGGCUGCAACAUGUCCGAUGGCACCUCCAGCAUUAACAUGAGUGGCUCCGAUUGCUGUGCUCUCGAUUGUCCCACCACGGAUGAGGGCUGUGUUAAAGCCACCUGCUGUCAGAAUAACAACAAAUUGAAUCCACUUCCUUCGCCCACAAAUUCACCGUAUCUGUGUCGUCAGCGCAAUGCGGCGCGUCAAUCUGGCGACGUUGAAGCUGGCUCCUUGCUAGAAGGAAGCGCUGCCGCCGCCGGCAAUCAGUCGCUGGGCAAUGGAGGAACUGGCUUAACGGCAGCAGCAGAGUCAACGCCAAAGAACGAUAUAGUCUGAC